UCCCUUGUACCACCAUCAAAUAAUAGAGAGUAGAGAGUUUGGGUAAUUUGCAAUAAUGAAAAGCCUUUUGGUAUUUCUGUCAAUUGCACUAUUUGUUCCCGUAUCUUUAUCAUCAACAUUUUCUUCAGAUCUCUUACUUCCCUCUCAACUUUCUAUUGGUAACUCCUAUCCUUCAGUACUUGACGUUGAUGGGUAUCCACUCGAAGUAGGUGCCAAAUACUCUGUGUUACCAUCUUUAAGGGGUAGUGGAGGUGGUCUUACUUUGUCUAGAGUUGUUGACAAAAAUGUGAAAGUUUGUCCACAAGACAUUGUCCAAGUCCCUAAAGAAUUUAACCCUGGUCUUCCUGUGGAAUUCUUUCCUGCGUACCCUGGUGAACUCAUCAAAGUUAACAACCCCAUAAAUGUUAAGUUCAUUAGUGAGAUGUCAUCUUGUGCUAAUUUUACAGUGUGGAAGAUGGACAAGAAAUAUAAGUAUGUGGUAAGUAGAGGGACCCUAGGGGCUUUGAACCGCAUAAGGAACUGGUUCAGGAUUGUGCCAUAUGGAGAAGACUACAGGUUUGUCUACUGUCCUUCACUCUGUGUUCCUUGCAGGAUUAAGUGUAUUGACUUGUAUAUUUCUUAUGAGAAUCAAGGUGAGAAUGUUGACGUUAGACGUUUGGCAGCCUCAGACAAUGCAUUUCCAUUUUCUGUUUACUUCAAGAAGGUAGAGUAAUGCCUACCAGCCAACGUGUAUUGCUUUUAAUUAUUGUACUAGCCACUAGUUAAAAUACCUAUGUAUGUGUAUCAUGACUACUUGGCAAUAAUAAAGAUUUUUGUCUUUUUAGUUUGUUA